AUGGAUUGGUGGAAGACAUUGAUAAUUGUUGGGGUCCUGGCAUCAUUUUGUCACCUUGCUCAUUCAGUAGAUCGGGGAAACUUCAAGACAUGCCAACAAAGUGGAUUCUGCAAGAGGCAGAGAGACAUUCCAGAACAUGAAAGUCCUUACUAUGUGGACCCCACCGCCUUGCAAAUCUCUCAAUCAUCAGUCAAAUUCCAACUUAACAGUCGAUCACCAAAGGCAGCACCUUUAGCUGUCAGUCUAUUUACACUAAUUGAUAAUACGGUUAGGGUUAAAAUUGACGAAGCAUCCCCACUUGAGAAACGAUAUGAGGUCCCCGUUGGAGAUGUGUUGACGUCUGAGCCCAAAGAGCAAAAUUUUAAAAUAAUUGGCCGAGACAGUGGCAAGAUGACUCUAUCAACGGCCAACAAUAAUAACAAGGUGAUCAUCUACUUUGAUCCCUUUCAAGUCAAUCUGCUGGUCGAUGAAAAAUUAGUGACAUCAAUAAAUAGCAGGGGAUUGUUGAAAGUUGAACAUCUGAGGAAGAGAAAGAUUAGUAGUAGUAGUACUGAAGCAGCUGAGAACAACAACAACAACAAUGAUAACGAAAAUAAGAAUGAUGAUGAUGAUGAUAAUGAUGAUGAAAACGAUGAUGAUGAUGAUGCUCCUGACAUGUGGGAGGAAACAUUCAAAACCCACACCGAUACCAAGCCUAAAGGACCAACAUCAGUGGGGUUGGACAUAUCGUUUCCUGGUUUCCAGCAUGUUUACGGCAUUCCAGAGCAUGCCGACUCAUUUGCCCUCAAGAGCUCCAAGAAUACAGACCCGUACAGGUUGUACAACCUGGACGUGUUUGAGUAUGAGCUGUACAAUCCAAUGGCUUUAUAUGGAAGUGUGCCAUUUAUGCUAGCUCACAACGCAUUGAACACAGUUGGUCUGUUUUGGUUGAAUGCUGCUGAAACAUGGAUUGAUGUCUACUCCAAUAUUGCCGACAAAAAUGUCUUCUCAAAGUUGGUGGAGUUCGUGAAGGGUGACCAGGAGAUCCCCCUGAUCGAUACCCACUGGUUCUCCGAAUCCGGAAUCAUUGACGUCUUCAUACUCCUCGGACCCCAGCCUAAUGACGUCUUCAGGCAGUACGCCAAACUGACCGGAACUACGUCACUUCCGCCGUUAUUUGCAUUAGCAUACCAUCAGUCGAGAUGGAAUUAUAACGAUGAACAGGAUGUCUUCAACGUCAAUGAUGGAUUUGACGAGAAUGACAUACCAUUGGAUGUUAUCUGGUUGGAUAUUGAACACACAGUUGGAAAAAAAUACUUUACAUGGGACUCUGACAAAUUCCCUAACUCGGUCGGAAUGUUGGACAGACUGGCCGCCAGGGGCCGCAAGAUGGUGACCAUAGUGGACCCCCACACCAAACGCGAGGAUGGUUAUUUCCUAUACUCGGACGGGAAGGCGAACUCGUACUUUACCAAAGACAGGCAGGGCAAUGAUUUUGAAGGGUGGUGCUGGCCAGGAUCAUCCAGCUGGCUGGAUUUCACCAGGGAAGAUGUGAGGAGGUUCUGGUCAUCUAUGUUUUCGUAUGAUAAUUAUAAGGGUUCCACAAAGGACCUCUUCAUAUGGAAUGACAUGAACGAACCAUCUGUCUUCAACGGCCCUGAGAUAACAAUGCCCAAAGAUCUGCUGCACAACGAUGGCUGGGAGCAUAGGGACAUCCAUAAUAUAUAUGGAUUAUAUGUCCAUCGAGCGACGUAUGAAGGUCUGUUGGAGAGAUCGGAGAAUCACGAUCGACCAUUCGUUCUGUCCAGGGCAUUCUUCGCCGGGUCACAGAGAUACGGUGCCGUCUGGACGGGCGACAACACAGGGGAAUGGGAGCACCUGAAAGUAACCAUCCCCAUGCUACUUUCACUGAGCGUGACGGGCAUCACAUUCUCAGGAGCCGAUGUUGGCGGGUUUUUCAAGAGCCCGGAUGCAGAAUUACUCACCAGGUGGUAUCAGGCUGCCGCUUUUCAGCCCUUUUUUAGGGCCCACGCCCACUUGGACACCAAGAGACGAGAGCCCUGGUUGCUACCCCGCGAGAAUAUGCUCGCUAUUCGUCAGGCCAUCAGGAUUAGAUACAUGCUUCUCCCUUACUGGUACACCCAGUUUUUCAACUCUGAGAAAGAUGGCGCUCCAGUUAUGAGGCCAUUGUGGGUGGAAUAUCCGUCUGAUGUCAAGACGUUUGGUCUUGAUGAUCAGCAUAUGAUUGGACCAGCCAUCCUGAUCAAGCCAGUUGUGGACCAGGGCAGUGUGGGGAUAAACGUCUACUUGCCAGGAGGGGCACACGAACUCUGGUACGAGUUCGAUUCCUACGCUGCCUACCACGGCGGCCAGGACCUCUACGUCCCUGUACAUCUGCAGAAGAUUCCCGCCUUUUUACGCGGUGGCCAUAUUGUUCCGGUUAGAGAAAGAGUCAGGCGAUCCAGCGUGCUAUCCGCGCACGAUCCCUACACUAUUGUCGCCACUUUGGACGCCAGAAUGUCGGCUACAGGCGACCUCUACCACGACGACUUCCACUCGAAUGAGUACAAAAACGGCAAGUUCGUACACAGGCGGUUCACUCUGGAGAACAUGUCUACCUUCACCAGCGUUGAUUUGAACAAAGGAAGCGGCCGUAGUAUGAUCACCGACGCCUGGAUCGAGAAGAUACUGAUACUCGGAGUCAAGCAGAACCCUUCCAGGGUGACCUUGACCUCUCAAGGUCAGCAUCCGGUCAAUCUCGUGACGUCGUAUUCGAGCCAGCUGAAGGUGCUAACGAUUAGGAAGCCGGCUGUUAAUAUAAAUGCGGAUUUUAAGAUUCUCUUUCAUUGA